CUUCAACUGGUGGCCGCUCCUGUGGAGUGCAUCCCCCCGAUAUAUCACUUGAAAGGGAAUCCGAGCUAGGCGUGGUAUUUAAACGGUUAUCCGGCAAUCCAGUAGCGCUCAGGGUCGGCGAGUGUCUACUGCGCAAGUCAUUCUUGCGGUCUAUCCUAAGACGUAAGCAAGAUGGAGCUGGUGAAUGGAAAGACGGAACUGUGCUAUGACUGGGUUCUCGGGACAUCGUACCCGCCAAAUCAGGGCCUCUACAGUGCUCCCUACGGCUGCAGGAUGAGCUGUUAUAGACUAAGUUAGCGCCCCAUUCUGGGUAAUGAGGUGUAUUUAGCUUGACACAUACCAUAUAUCAGCCCUCCUAUUAUCCAAGAUAGCUAUACCGGAACCACAACGACGGCAUGAUACAACGCUAUCUACCGAACUACCUCGCGCCAGAGCCACCUGUGAACCGGGCGCGAGACGAUUGGUUUCAUUAUGGCGGUGCGAAAGUGGACCGUUCGCUCCAAUAUCUGGCGGUGGGGGGCUAUAAUGUGGCGAAGAGACACCAGUUCCUUCAGAGGUGGUGCGUUCGACAGCUUCUUUCCCUCUGUGGGAUAAGGAACUUGGCCCGAAGCAUGGGGGCCCUCCGUUGCUUUGAGCAUUAGAUGGUUCAUUCCAUUUAAACUGUGUCCGUAAUAUUUCAUGCUGUGAGUCUCCAACCGUUCCGUCUUGUGCCCGCUGCCCCGGGCUUGCAGAUGGCAAGGACCGAUAGCCAUUGGUCGGUUGCCGUGAAUUGCGCCCGUCCCGGUAGCCUUCGAGAGGCUCCAAGGCCACUGGACCGCCUAUUAAAUCUCGUUCACGUUCCUCUUCAGAAUCUGGGACCUCCGAAACCGAUGGAGGCCGCUUCAAUCUCCUCCGACGAAGCGCACCACUCCCGUUUGCGCACUCAAGGAAGGAGCGCUGAUCAGCUGAAGAUUGCGAAAAUUCUUGGAAGGUUGGUGAGUUGA